AUUUUCUUUGUUUCAGUUGCAAUAAUCGCGGAGGUAUACUCCCGAUAUUUCCCAAGCUUUGAUACAACCCACCGUCUUCAAGUAGAAAAAGGGCAAUACGUGGAAGUAGAAUUGGAGCUAAAGAUGGACUAUAAUUCACCUGAAGUACCUUGUGCUGAUGAGGAAUAUCUUGAGAUCCGUGAUGGGUAUAAUCAGUCUGGAAAUCUUUUGGGUGUAUUUUGUGGAAGAUACAUUCCUCGCUUUAAAAUACGUUCCAGUGGACAGAACAUGUGGUUAAGAUUUUCACCUACCCGUAGACACCAGCUAUCGUUCAGAUAUUAUGAGGGAAAAGCACUAAGUGCAAGAGGUAGGUAUUCUUAGGUUUAAGUCAUUUGAUUUUCUUAGCGGUAUAAUUUAUUGUGGAUGAAAUGUCUUAUUAUGUUUCUGCUUAGUUCCCACCAACCUGAGAAACGUCGCAAAGACACAGUUUGUUCUGCUCGACCAUUCGUCAUCUUUGUGGUGCCCGGCGGAAGGUGGACCAGCUCCUCGCAUUGUUUGGAGAAAGAAUGGCGCUGUUUUGCAAAACAGCACUAGUGUGCGACUUCAAAUCAACGUCACUGAAGAAGAGAGAAAUACAACUUACAGCUGCGAAGUGGACGACCAUGGCCGAAUGAAGAGGAAAAACAUCAGUCUUGCUGUCGAGAGUAAGUCUCAAAUUACAUCUUUACUUCAAGGGGGCUCAGUUGUUGUGUAUGCUUUUGGUAAACCUUACUCUUUGUCUUGAGUCAAUUUAAGGAUUUUUGGUUUUAGAAUGAAACCUUCUACAAUUUUAUUCAAGGGUAACAUGAAAAGUCACAUUUAUGAUAUAAAACACAAAAUAACUAAGGGUGCGUUCCAUUGGGAGAAUCCGGAUCUGGAUAUCUGA